AGUUGGUCGCCAAAUGGGAGGCAGCGCCCUAUGUGACGCACAGCGGGUCCACGGCGGACGACCACAAAAUAGACGCCUCAUCCUCAGUCCUCAACUGGCUUCGCCCUCCCGUCGGCGUAUAUAUACCAGUUACCCUCGACCCUUCACUUCUUUCCACCAAACUUGACCCAUUGCCACUCCCUCACCCAGACUGCCUGCGCUCGCCAAAGGUAAGCGAGUCACUAGCGACGACUCUCCGCGAAAACACACUCACCCUCUCCCCUCAGCCCGCAGACGCCAUUAUGGAGCCUUUUGACCUCUGGAUCGCUACCUAUGACGAUAAACAGCUCCGUCCCUACGGCCAAGUUCCCGAAAGUGAAGAAUUCAGCCGACGAAGCUCGAAUUCACACACUCAGCUAAAUCCUGCGUUGCUGGCAAUGAGCCAACCAUCUACAUCUCCUACCAGCUCAACACUCGUCUCUCCCGAGGGCUCUCCCCCACUCGGGAUGCGCCAUCUUUUGGUCACUCUAAGGCGCAUCGAGGUCGACUUCAAAAUUACCAAUUGGGAAAUGCAAGCCCGUUCGUCUGUCAUCUCGAUGACGUUCAGCCCGCCUCCCGAAAUCGGUGGACUCGUUUUCCGCGUCGAUAUUCCCGGAAAGUGGUGGAACGAAAUGCGCCUCACUCCCGAGGAUGUCAGGGGAGCACUGCGGAAAGAGGUCGUGGCAAGGCUGCAAGGCCGGCUACCUGAAGAGGUGUUUGUGCGUGAAUAUGUCAAAUCUCUGCGGGCCGACCUGGAACACUGCGUGCAUACUCUCCCCGUGGCCUGCUUCGACUUCUCACUGAUCUUGCCAAACACUGCUAAUGGCUCCGGCGAUUUGACCAU